CUUCCGCGCCUAUAGUAUUCAAGUCACGGCGCUAAGACCUAAUGGCGGAGAGAGAGAGUGUGUGUGUGUGUGUGUGAGAACGUAUAUGUAAAGCAACUUCUUUAUUCUUACACUUUUGCCUUUUUCUUUUAUAUCUCCACACGAAGAAACGCGUCCAUUUCGUAAUGUCCAACUGGAAAAACGUCAACAACUGGCAUUGGGUCAGCAAGAAUUGUCUCAACUGGACUCAAAAGUACUUUGAAGAACAACUCGUUGGCUUGGAGGCAGAGAAGAAUGAAAGUAAAGUCAAGGUCACCAAGGUGGACGAGUGUACUGGUGACGUAGAGCUUUCGAACCGUAAGGGCAAGAUUAUCACUAUCUAUGACGUCCAAUUGAAGCUUAGCUGGGAAGGGACAACGGCAGACGGGACAGAUGCCACUGGCAAAGUCUUGGUUCCCGAGGUCGCCCACGACACCGAGGCAGAUGAAUAUGUGUUUGAAAUUUCUGUCGACGACGAUAACAAUGACAAGCAGCCUCUCCGCGAAGUGAUCAGAAAAGCAUUGACGCCAUCACUUGUUAAGAAAUUCGAGGCAUUCUCUGGGGAUCUCAUCAAAAAGCAUGGCUCAGAUGUUCAUAUCGAAAAGGAUCAAUUGGGUGCAGCAGCAGCAGCAGCAGCAGCUAAUAAUGCAUCUGAAACUGUCACCAAGACCCGUACAUCGAUCAACAACAGUAGCAGUAGUCAAAAGCCAGCAACAGCAGCAGCAACAGGCGGUGCUAGCGCAAAGGGUUCGUCAUCCACCAAAGUCAACACGACAACACUUGAAGAGGUCGUUGAAUUUCAAACUUCUGCACAUGAACUUUACGAAACAUUGCUCGACACACCGCGAGUCUCGAUCUGGACACGCGGUCCUGCCAAGAUCUCCAAGGAGAAGGGAAGCAAGUUUGAAUUGUUUAACGGCAAUGUGAGGGGUGAGCUCCUGGAGACGGAACCGGAUAAAAAGAUUGUACAAUCUUGGCGGUUGCAAUCAUGGCCCGAAGGUCACUAUUCAACGGUAACCAUGACGCUGGAUCAAAAAAGCGAUUGCGUUCAGUUGCAUGUGAAGCAAACCGGUGUGCCGAUCGGCGAGGAGGAACUGACGCAGCGGAACUGGACAGGCUAUUACUGGCGGUCGAUCAAGCAAGCUUUCGGCAUGGGUGCAGUAUUUUAGAUCUGUGAUCACGAUUACUAUUAUUAUUUUAGAGACCAGAAAACAUAACAAUAAAGAGGAAAGACGCAAGUUAAUACAAACAAGACAUGAGAGUUCAUUGCUUAUUUGUUGGGAGUGUCAAACAAUGUACACAAAUACGCAGCGUCAGUUGUUGAUUGCUUAAUUUACUUUUAUAUCUUGAUUUUUGCGUGUAUGUGAUGUGCAAUGUGUGUGUGUGUGUGUGUGUGUG